ACUUCGCUGAACGACGUAUAAACAUGUAUCUGAUAAGCAUACUAAUUGGCGUGAUAGUAGAUUGGACUACAUACAAUCACAAUUGCAGUGUAUUAUCCACAAUAAGUUUCAGUAUUCGUUGGAAGUUCGUUGGGUGAAGUUGGAUAGUGGAAGCUUGUACUCGAGCAAGUGUGAAAGUAAACAUUGUAAACAUAACCUCAUAUUUCUAAUACUAUGACCAUGGAUAAGCGAAUGUUUAAUGUUAUUGGGGUUGGACUUGCCUUUAUGCUUACAUUCAUGGCAUUCCAAACCAUGGGGAAUAUUGAGACUACCAUUUUAAAGAAUGUCCACACGGAUGAUCCGAACUUCACCGGCACCGGAUAUACAAGCCUGGCUAUCAUAUAUGCUGCUUUAUCAAUUUUCAACUGGAUCUCGCCUUCUGCGAUAUCAGUUAUGGGACCUAAAAUUGCGAUGCUGAUUGGAUCCAUCACAUAUUUACUAUUCAUCAUGUCAUUUCUAUGGCCAAACACGUGGUUUCUCUAUAUAGCUAGUGCUAUUAUAGGUGCAGGCGCAGCUUUGAUUUGGACUGGUCAAGGUACAUACUUGACCUUGAAUUCCACCACAGCGACGAUAUCUAGGAAUUCUGGAAUAUUUUGGGCCAUGUUGCAGUGCAGCAUGUUGUUCGGAAACUUAUUCGUCUACAUCAAAUUCGAUGGACAAGAAGACUAUAUUGAGAAAGACGUCAGGACUAUGGUGAUAUGGGUUCUAUCGGGAUUAGCUAUGGCAGGUGUAGUGGUCUUUUUCUUUCUUCCAAAUCCACCAAAAUCGUCUGACGAUGCAGUCCAAACGGAGGAACCUGUCCCUGGACCUAUGGAGGUUUUCAAAGAAGCAAUGAAACUCUUCGUGACUCCAAGAAUGUUAAUGCUGAGUUUAGCAUUUUUCUACAGCGGUAUAGAGUUGGGAUUUUACAGUGGCGUCUACAGUACUGCCGUUGGGGCCACAUCACAGCUCACCGACGCUAAGAAGCUAGUUGGAUUGUCGGGAGUGUUUAUAGGUAUUGGAGAAGUUCUAGGCGGUUUAUCUUUUGGAAUUUUGGGAAAGAAGACGACCAAGUUUGGUAGGGAUCCGAUAGUCAUCGCUGGAUUCGUUAUCCACAUCCUUGCAUUCUUUGCUAUCUUCCUCAAUCUACCAAAUCGCUCUCCCAUAGAAGACACCAACGAUGAAGCCUUCAUCGCCAGUUCUGGAGUAUUGGCUAUGGCUUGCUCAUUUUUACUCGGAUUUGGCGACGCAUGCUACAACACACAGUUUUAUUCAAUAAUCGGAAGCAUCUAUUCAAGUAAUAGUGCUUGCGCCUUUGGAAUAUUCAAAUUUGUUCAGUCUGUUGCUGCCGCAGCAUCGUUUUUCUAUGCUCCCUAUGUACCACUUUAUGGACAACUGGGAAUUCUUCUAGCUUUUGCUGUUAUUGGAACAGCAGCUUACCUCUGGGUUGAAUUCAAUAUAAGAAAUAGUACACUUUCAAGCAACAUAAAGUCAGACUCGGAAUCUUCCAUCAAUUCUACAGAAUGAAGACACAAUAAUUUUUAAAUGAUGACUUCGCAAUUAUUUGUUCCACAAAAAUCCUACAGACGUGAUGUGAUAGAUUGGUUUUCGCCAAUCAAUCAAACAUAGG